CCCGCCCCCCGCCCCCCGGCCCCGGCCGCCGUUCCCGCCCCGGCCCCGCGCGGAGCGAUGGUGCUGCCCGAGGAGCAGGCCCGGCUGUACCGGCCGCCGGCGGAGCUGCUGCGGGCCGCGCACUGCCCCUCGCUGUCCUGCUACGAGCGCCUCUACCAGCGCUCCGUGCAGGAGCCGCACGAGUUCUGGGGUGACAUUGCUAAGGAGUUUUACUGGAAGAGCCAGCACACGGGGCCCUUCCUGAAGUACAACUUCGACGUGACAAAGGGGAAGAUCUUCAUCGAGUGGAUGAAAGGGGCUACCACCAACAUCUGCUACAACCUCUUGGACAGAAAUGUUAGCCAGAAGAAACUCGGGGACAAAGUUGCUUUUUACUGGGAAGGAAAUGAACCUGAGGAUACUGCGAAAAUCACAUACAGCGAGUUGCUACACCAAGUCUGUCAGUUUGCCAAUGUCCUCCGCAGUCAAGGUGUGAAAAAAGGGGACCGAAUUUCCAUCUACAUGCCGAUGAUCAUGGAGCUGAUUGUAGCCAUGCUUGCCUGUGCCAGAAUUGGAGCUGUGCACUCUGUUGUGUUUGCAGGUUUCUCAGCAGACUCCCUCUGUGAGCGGGUUCUCGACUGCGGUUGUUCUCUCCUCAUCACAGCGGAUGCCUUUUAUCGAGGGGACAAGCUGAUCAACUUGAAGCAGAUUGCGGAUGAAGCCCUCCAGAAAUGUAAAGACAAGGGCUCCCCUUUGAGGAAGUGCAUCGUGGUGAAGCACCUGGGGAGGGAAGAGAUAGCAGUGGAUGGGACAUGCAGCAAGUCUCCCCCUCUCAAGAGGCUGUGCCAGGAUGUACAGGAAAAAAAGACUGAGAGCUCACAGAGACUCCAUCCCAAGAUUCCCUGGAACCCAGCCGUGGACGUGUGGUGGCAUGAGCUGAUGAGCAGUGCCAGCACAGAGUGUGAGCCCGAAUGGUGCGACUCAGAGGACGAACUCUUUAUCCUCUACACGAGUGGUUCAACUGGGAAACCCAAGGGUGUGCUGCACACAGUGGGUGGAUACAUGAUUUAUGCUGCCACCUCAUUUAAAUACGUAUUCGAUUACCAGUCUGAGGAUAUCUACUGGUGCACAGCUGACAUUGGAUGGAUCACGGGCCAUUCCUACCUCACUUAUGGACCCUUGGCAAAUGGGGCAACUAGUGUGUUAUUCGAAGGUGUCCCCACAUAUCCAGACGUUGGGCGAAUGUGGAGCAUUGUUGACAAGUACAAGGUGACCAAGUUCUACACAGCACCCACAGCCAUCCGGCUACUAAUGAAGCACGGGGAGGAGCCCGUCAAAAAGCACAGCAGAAAGUCUCUGAAGGUGCUGGGGAGUGUUGGUGAGCCCAUCAACCCUGAGGCCUGGCUGUGGUUCUACCGCGUGGUGGGAGAAGAGAGGUGUCCUAUUGUGGACACGUUCUGGCAGACAGAAACGGGUGGCCACAUGCUAACACCUCUCCCUGCUGCCACCCCCAUGAAGCCAGGCUCUGCCACGUUUCCCUUCUUUGGCGUGGUCCCUGCCAUCCUGAACGAGUCGGGGGAAGAGCUGGAAGGAGAAGCAGAAGGCUACCUGGUAUUUAAGCAGCCCUGGCCAGGGAUAAUGCGCACGUUGUAUGGAAACCACCAGCAAUUUGAAACCACAUACUUCAAGAAGUUCCCUGGGUACUAUGUGACAGGCGACGGUUGCAGGAGAGAUAAGGAUGGUUAUUACUGGAUCACAGGGCGAAUUGAUGACAUGUUGAAUGUUUCUGGUCACUUGCUGAGCACUGCAGAGGUGGAAUCAGCUUUGCUCGAGCACGCUGCUGUCUCAGAGGCCGCAGUGGUCGGCCACCCACACCCCCUGAAAGGCGAGUGCCUCUACUGCUUUGUGACCUUGAGAGACGGCUACGAGUUCAGCAAGAACCUGACGGAUGAGCUGAAAAAACAAGUCAGAGAAAAAAUCGGACCGAUAGCAACACCCGAUUACAUCCAGUAUGCACCCAGCCUGCCCAAAACUCGCUCAGGAAAGAUUACCAGACGGAUAUUAAGGAAGAUCGCCAAAAAUGACCAAGACCUGGGGGACAUCUCCACCUUGGCAAACCCAGGCAUCAUAAAACAUCUUUUCAACAGCAGAUGUGACACUAAACAGUAGCAGCAGGGCCCGUCCCUGCUGAGCAGAACUGUAGCAGCAGUGGUGUCCUGAAAGCGGGACCCCUGAAUACCCACUCUCUGCCCUGGGAAGGAAACCUUCACCUCUUGAAUUGAAUGUACAGACAUUAGGAAUGAGGGAAAGGCAGGCUCUGGAGAGGCUGCCCUUCAUGAGCGUGUCCAUGCCUUGGAGGAGCUUGUGUAUCGUGUUCCAGAUGAGUAUUGCACAGCUGAGGUUCAGCCUCGCACACAGAAGGACUCGUCCUCCUCCCGUUUUAGCACCUCGUUCUUGAUUUUUAAUUUUUGGGGGGUGGGGUUGUUAAUUAAGUUGAUAUGAUAGAGGGGGCCUGGCACCUAGUGCACAAGGGGAAGGAACUUUGCGAGGUGGAGGGGAAGUGCUGUUGGAGUUACCCAACACAGGCAGGCAAGGGAGGUUCAUGUGCCACUGCCCACACGCCAGCUAAGCUUCCUUUUCAACUUGGAGUGCUGCAGAACUUGAAACCACUCUCGCAUCACAACUGUGUAGCUGAGCUCUAGUCUUGCGUCCGCUGUCCCAGCCUGCUGUUCGCAGAGGUCCCCUGGCCUGAAAGGGAGCAGCGCAAGGCUCACGGGAGCUCUGUGCUUUAAACAGGUUUUAUUGAGCUGCGUUGUGCCAGCUGGUGUGUUUUUGCCCAUCCAGCACAGCCUUUCACUGGCCGUGGACACCGUAGGGAGCCAUGUAUGGGCUAUGAGGAAAUGUCUCUGACGUGCUCCAUGCGGCACCGCUUCCACCCACUCGUGGCUGAAGCCACAGGCUGCACAGCUGGAUGCUCCUGUCAAGGCCUGGGGUGGGAGUGGGUGCUGUUGAUCCCAAAGGAUGGAAGGGAAACAAAGUCCCACAGGGGCCCUUUCCCACGGCAAGCAAACCCGGCACAGGGUUAUAGUGCACCACCACAGCAACAAAGCAGCCAAGGCAGGCAGGGCCGCUGCAGUCCUGGAUGAGGUUUUUCUCAUCAGGAAAACCACAGUGGAAGCUGUUUGAAGUUAGCUUUUGCUUAAAUCUGACAUGGCUUUGUGAUGAUGAGAGGAAAAAAACAAUCCCAAAACCUCCAACACGAGAGCCUGCACAUCACGAGGGUGCUGCCAAAGCCAUCCUGCUCCAAAUGAACUACACAGAAUUCCAGCCCUGCGUUGGGCUGGACAUACCUGCUUUGUGAUCUGUAUGAAAAAUGCAUGUGAGCUGUUCGAUUUUGCACUUAAACCAAAGGAGAAACGGGCUUUAAAACUUGUUCCAGCUGCUGUUUUGGUGAGCGCCAGUGUACAGGCUUUACCUGCAAGCUGAGCUGAAGAGGAGGAGGCAGCUGCCUCAGGCCCAUUGCUCAGGGCGAGUGUGGCAGGUGCUGUGCUUGGGCUGUUGUCCAAGUCCCAAGCCUUGCUGCUUACCUGCUGCUCUCCCUGGUGUGGCAGUUGCCUGCGAUUUAGAACCUCACCGUGUGACAGUGUCCCACGCACACCCCGCAGCUCCGUACCAGUGGAUUGUGCCCCUUGCCUUGACUAGGACUCCUACAUCAUCCCUCCUCCUCUGUUACCUUUAUCUGCUCUGUAAUUUUGGCUGGAAACAGCUAGAAUUUUAUGCAAAAUGGAAAAUAAAUCAUGGAAACAAAA